UACUCAUUUUCUUUUCUAACACGUUGACGCUGCAAGGAAGAGAGUGGAGAUUUUUGUAGUUUGCACUUUGCCGAUUGAUGUUUGAUUUGGACCAAUUUGGUGACGUAAGCAAAAAACCCCUUAAACCCUUUCCUUUCCAUUCCCUGCAAAACCCUAACCUCUUGGGUUCCAAAAUUUCCUUCAGUGGGCACCGCCAAUGGAGGAACAUAAUGAAGCACAAGAUAACAGAGAACUCUACGCACUCUUGAAUUUGUCCCCGGAAGCUUCCGAUGAAGAAAUCCGCAGAGCUUAUCGUCAAUGGGCACAAGUCUAUCACCCUGAUAAAUACCAAGCUCCUCAUAUGAAAGAUAUUGCAACGGAGAACUUUCAACGCAUAUGUGAAGCGUAUGAGAUUUUGUCAGAUCCAAAUAAAAGGCAAAUAUAUGAUAUCUAUGGCAUGGAAGGGUUGACCUCUGGUUUGGAACUUGGUCCAAGGCUGGAUAAAGCUGAAGAGAUCAAGGCAGAGCUGGAGAGACUGAAGAGGAUGAAGGAACGGGAAAAAAUGGCGUCACAUUUUCGAUCCUCUGGUACAAUUCUGGUCAAUAUGUCUUUGCCACACUGUCUAAAUGGUCAUGGCCUCUUCAGAGGAAUGGCUAUGACAAGCGAAAUUCAGUCUCAGUUAUCAAAGCGUAAUGCUGUUACAAUUAGUGGCAAUUUAGCAGUUGAUGGAAAGGAAGGUGGUGGAGCUGCUACUGCUUUAUUUAGGCAUGAAAUGUCAGAAGUCUCGUCAAUAGAAUUUGUGGCUUCAGCUGGUUUACGUGCACUAAUUGGGGUGCAAACAUCUCGUGCUCUAUCAUCACACUCAGCGGCAACAAUGGGCGUAGCAAUGUCUUUGAGAGAUGGUUCCUUGAAUCUUUCUAAUUUAUGGACCCGCCAACUGUCAGAAACAGCAAGUGGACAUAUACAGCUUACCUUGGGACCACAAUCAUCUAUAGCUGUGGGGUGGCAAAAGAAAGAUGAGAAAAGAUCUGCAUCUGGAGAAGUCAAGUUUGGCACAAGUUCUUUUGAGACAGCAGUUCAUUAUACUCAUCGCUUUUCUUCUAAAUCACUUGGCUGCAUCACGGGAAGAGUUGGGAGUUCUUCCCUUGAGAUUGAAGUUGGUGGUGGGAGGAAGAUAUCCAAAUUCAGCACUGUGCGCUGGUUGUAUACAAUAGGAAUUCAGGGUAUUUUCUGGAAAUUUGAGCUCUAUCGUGGGGGUCAGAAGUUAAUUAUUCCUAUUUUGCUGACGAGGCAUUUGAACCCUGUGUUUGCUACUGGAGCAUUCGUUGUUCCAGCAUCUGUUUACUUUGUUCUGAAGAAAUUUUUUAUUAAACCGUAUUACCUUAGAAGGAAUAAGCAAAAGGCUCUAGAGAAGGAAGGAAAAACUUCUGUUCAGGUUCAAGAAGCAAGGGCUGCCGCAGAGAAAGCUCAGAAAUUACAACAAAAUGUGGCAAAUAGGAAAAGAAACAGGCAAUUAGAAACAGGUGGACUGGUUAUUAUGAGAGCGCUGUAUGGAAAUCAAAUAAUUUUGAACAACUUGAAUUCAUCAAGUGAAACAAGUUUUGAAUCAACUUCAGAAGUCAUUGAUGUUACAAUACCUCUGAAUUUUCUAGUUAAUGACUCUGGCCUACUCAAGCUUCAUGAAGGUGUUAAAAAAUCAGGCAUCAUGGGUUUUUGUGAUCCAUGUCCGGGAGAACCUAAACAGUUGUAUGUAGAGUACGCUUAUGCUGGCAAUCAACACAAGGUUUGGGUUGGUGAUUAUGAAGAAUUACUGAUACCCCAGGGCACCCACAGGAUAUAAAGAUUAUUAUUAUACACAUCAAUAUCAUUGUUACCUCUAGCAGUUUUGCCUGGUUUACAUGCUCGAGGUGCAGCAUUUUAUCCUGUUAGAUGGAAUUAGAAGAGGUACCUUUUACGAUUUUUGGGUCAAUGGUAACUUCACUUUUUUUUCUUUUUAAUUUUUUUAUUUUAUCAUCUUGUAUUACACCCUAAAAAUGUAUGAAAUAAGGGCAUUUUAGGAUGUGAAUAUAGUGGUUUGCCAAGCUACUGCGCUGCUGGCCCAUCCUAAUUUUUAUUUGUCAUCCUCCUUUUAUUGUUGAUUCUUUGCCUAAUCAUAAGGUCGCUCUUGGGGCAGUAGCCGUAGGAGUUCCAUUUGAUGUUUUGA